CUGUACAACAUUAAUUAAUUCAAGUAGCCCUAAAAUCUCGCGGUGCUACCAUUCAGACAUCUUGCAUUUUAUUAAGUCUGGUCUAGGAGGGAUUUUCUUAUUAAAUAGGGACAUUUCUGUCGCUUUCAGUGCAGAAAAUACACUCUCAUUGUCCGUUUUAAUUCGGAUUAUUUCCACCCCAGUUUAACGGAUGUGAGGCGGCUGUACCGAGCCUCGCGUGCCAAACCCCCGGACUUAGACGGUCUCUCGCGGGGCUCUCGAGCAGCCGUAUUGUGCGUCAUCUCUGUCGUUGCCGUUUUGUUGUUUUUUUUCCGUUGAGGAAAGAUGGCAACUCCCGCCGCGGUGAACCCGUCCGAGAUGGGCAGCGAGUUGCCGGGGACGGUAGCAAUGCCUGGAGCAGUCGGGGCUGGCCAGGUGAGGAUGGGUGGAGCUAUGCCAGGCCGAGGCGGCAAGAGGAGGUCAGGAGGAAUGGACUUUGAUGACGAGGAUGGAGAGGGACCUAGCAAAUUUUCAAGGUAUGAUGAUGAUCAGAUUCCUGGUGGGGAUAAGGAGAGAUAUGCCAGAGAGAACCACAGUGAGAUUGAACGACGCCGACGCAACAAAAUGACCCAGUACAUCACUGAGCUUUCGGACAUGGUUCCUACCUGCAGUGCUCUGGCCCGAAAGCCUGACAAGUUGACCAUCUUGCGUAUGGCUGUCUCCCAUAUGAAAUCUAUGAGGGGCACUGGCAACACUUCCACUGAUGGGGCCUACAAACCAUCCUUCCUCACUGAGCAGGAGUUGAAACAUCUGAUCUUGGAGGCAGCAGAUGGUUUCCUGUUUGUAGUGGCAGCGGAGACUGGUCGGGUGAUCUAUGUAUCAGACUCUGUGACGCCAGUGCUGAACCAUCCCCAGUCGGAGUGGUUUGGCAGCACCCUUUACGAGCAGGUCCAUCCCGAUGAUGUUGACAAGCUGAGGGAACAGCUUAGCACCUCUGAAAACUCCAUGACAGGACGAAUUCUGGACCUGAAGACAGGAACAGUGAAGAAGGAGGGGCAGCAGUCCUCCAUGAGGAUGUGUAUGGGCUCACGGCGCUCCUUCAUCUGCCGCAUGAGGUGCGGCAGCGCUCCUCUGGAUCACAUAUCCCUAAACCGCCUGUCCAACAUGAGGAAGAGAUACAGGAAUGGGCUUGGACCCUCAAAGGAAGGAGAGGCUCAGUACUCUGUGGUGCACUGCACUGGCUACAUCAAAGCCUGGCCCCCUGCAGGUAUGACUAUACCAGAAGAAGACACAGAGGCAGGUCAGACCGGUAAAUACUGCCUAGUGGCCAUUGGAAGACUGCAGGUAACCAGUUCUCCAGUCUCUAUGGAUAUGAAUGGCCUGUCAGUGCCCACAGAGUUCCUGUCACGUCACAACUCUGACGGUGUCAUCACCUUCGUCGACCCCCGCUGCAUCAACGUAAUUGGUUAUCAGCCUCAGGACCUCCUGGGGAAGGACAUCCUGGAGUUCUGCCAUCCUGAAGACCAGAGUCACCUGAGAGAAAGUUUCCAGCAGGUGGUGAAGUUGAAGGGCCAGGUGUUGUCGGUGAUGUAUCGUUUCCGUAUGAAGAACAGGGAGUGGAUGUUGAUCCGAACCAGCAGCUUCACCUUUCAGAACCCCUAUUCUGACGAGAUUGAGUACAUCAUCUGUACCAACACCAAUGUCAAGCAGCUCCAGCAGCAGCAGCAAGCAGAGCUGGAGGUUCACCAGAGAGAUGGAUUGACUGCCUAUGAUCUCUCCCAGGUCCCUGUGGCCAGCGUUGGCAGUGGCGUCCACGAGGCAGGAAAGAACAUUGACAAGACAGAGGCCCUGUUUUCCCAAGAGAGAGAUCCACGCUUCGCCGAGAUGUACACUGGCAUCUCUGGCUCGGGGGAUAAGAAGAUGAUGGUUCCCUCCUCCACAGCUGGAGGACAGCAGCUCUACUCCCAGAGCUCUCCCUUCCAGCAGGGACACUCUGGCAAAAGUUUCAGUUCCUCAGUGAUCCAUGUCCCAGGUGUUAACGACAUCCAGCCAUCAGGCUCAUCCAAUCAGAAUCUAGCUCAGAUCUCCAGACAGCUCAACCCAGGUCAAGUGGCCUGGUCAGGCAACCGACCCCCAUUCUCUGGACAGUCCAGUAAGACCCAGUCCAGUCCGUUUGGUAUUGGUUCUGGCCACAGCUAUCAGGCUGACCCGGCCUCCUACAGCCCCCUGUCGUCCCCGGCCACAUCCUCCCCCAGCGGCAAUGCCUAUUCAGGACUGACCAACCGAAGCACAGCUUUUGAUGUGUCAGGGGAGAGCAGUCAGAGUGGCGCCCAGUUCCAGGGCCGUCCCAGUGAGGUCUGGUCCCAGUGGCAAAACCAGCAUCACUCCCAGCAGGCCGGGGAACAGCACACACACCCCAACCCCAGCCAGACAGAGGUCUUCCAGGACAUGUUGCCCAUGGCAGGGGAUCCCACCCAGGGUACAGCCAACUACAACAUUGAGGACUUCGCUGACCUCGGCAUGUUCCCACCCUUCUCCGAGUAAAACCUCCCUCUACCACCCCCACCCUUUUUUUUUCUCUGUGUCUGUGUCUCUCUCACUUGGCCUAGAUGCCACAGACAGUGGCAGACAAAGAGAAUCAUUUGUGCAUUCAUUUGUCAUGAUUUGCGUCCUCUCCUCUUUCUGUAUGGCUCUCUGGAACACAGACACACACAGAGUUAAUGUAUUAAUGCACACGUGCAAUGCAGCACGGGGAAUGUCUGGAUGCACUCGUCAUUUGCACACACACACACACACACACACACACACACAUACACACACAUACAUUCAUAUAUGCACACACAUACACAAUCACCUUGUCUUUGGGCGCCAAAGCCUGCAGUAUGUAUCUUUAACACACACAUACCUCGUCUCUGUCAGAUGGAAGGUACAUGAUUGGAUAUGUACCGACCCUUUUCUUAUUCAUCUCUGUCACUCAUAUCAAUGAUAGUCGCUUUCUCAAGCUCUGUCAACAACAGCAGUGAAGUGAAGCGUGCAGUCCGUGACUUUCAUAUCCCUCAGUGGGUCACCAAGCCCAUUUAGCAAGCAUUUCCAAGUUAAGCUCUAUCUGUACAGCCUUGGUACAACCAGGGGAUGUCAGUAGUAUGAAUUUAGCACAAGGAAUUGGCAUCAUAAGUAUUAUUAUACAUAUUUAAGUUUUACAGAUUAAUUUAGCAAAGCAAAUCUUGCAUUGAAAAUAUACAUUCAAAAACUUUCUGUCUGGGUUACUCUACUGCUUUAGUUUUUCAUGACAGGAAGAUAGAAAUCAGGCAUCAUCAAGAAGAAAAGUGUGCCAAAACCAAAUAACAGCAGAAAUUGCCCCAUUUGAUUAUCUGCGCUGGGAUUUUUACUUACAGUAAGUAUCACAAAUAACUGGAUUCCCUGAAGUAAUAUUAAAGCCGUGUGAAUAGGAUUUUUGCCCAUGCACAUUGGAAAUUUUAGUCAUCCGGUAAAUUAAUUUUCUGGAGGACUGUGGUCAUAGAGUGACAGCUCUAUAGCAUCAUCCACAAUAAAACAAGUCCAACUCUCUUCAAGUGGUUUCAUUUCCUUUGGAAAUGCACACUGCUGCUUAUAUGGCCCUUGUAACCCUGAUGCCAGGUGUGCAAGUUGGUAAUUGCGUGAAACACCAGAUGUGAACCCAGAGGGUAUUAAAAUUACCCGAGGAUAUCAUAGUUAACUCAAUAUACAGUUGGUGACUUCAGACAGAAUUUUCACUGGAGUGGCCAGAGAAUAUCAGUGACAUUUUCUCCUGGGGUUCUAAGAAAAUUUGUAAUAAUUACCAAUCACCAGACCUCCCCUUGUAAUUGUAGUGCUGUCUGGAGAGAGCUCAAGUCAACAAAACCAUUGAUUUAUGAACAAGAAAAUCCAACACUGUCUGUUUACAUGGGAAAUGGAUAUGAGUGUCAAGGAUGUGCACCUCCGCCCUGCCUUGUGGAUCUACUUGCACACCAUGCCCAAGUCUUUACUCUGCCAAACGGUACCAGGGAAAGAGAUGCUGUACAUGCUGAUCAAUAUCUGCUGCUCUCCUCGGUCACUUCAUGAAGCUUAUUGUGUAAAUUCUAACUAUAUGUAGUGAUGUCCAUAACCCUAGAGAAGAUUCUGACUCGUGUAUAGAAGGAUUCUAUGUAUAAAUGAAACAAAACAAACAAAAAAAAGUCAUUGCAGACAGUCGCUAAGCUAAGGCUUAAAGUGCACUUCAUAAAAGCUAAUCGCUAAUCUCACCAGCCUGCUUAUAAAAAGGGAAAAACCGCCAUACCGUCCAAGCAAUGCGCAGUAUUUACUAGUGUAUUUGGUGUUCUUCAGCUCUCGCUACUUGACUUUAUUACUUUAUAAUCUUUUCAACUAUUAAGAGACUGAAUAAUACUUUAUAGCCGGGGAGCUUUUACAUGAUAGAUUGUAUAAUGUCUCUGGCAAGAACGAUGGGAGAAUCUUGAACCGACAUUGGAGUCCUUUUGCUAAAAAUCUCAAGUUGAUGUUUUUUUGUAAAUAAUGUGAUUUUUAUGUCGACUGGUGUUACUUUCACACAGUACAUGUUUUUUGUGUAGGUUUUAAUGAUAUUGUGUGCAAUGUGAGUACGUAUUUAACUAUCAGCAUUUAGUUAGUCUGUUAAUUGUACAUUGAGUUCUAGACCUGUAUAAAUUGUGUAAAUGUGACCCAUUAUUUUUGUGUAACAAAUUGUGCUUGUGACAAUAAAUUCUUAUUGGUUA